AUGACAGCCGAAGUCAUGCAACAGACCCGGCUCGAGCGCCUGAGCGCCGAGGACUUUGAGACGGCCUCGAUCCGCUCCGCAGCUCCAUCAUAUGUCUCGGAAGCGCCCUCCUACCACUCGACGCUGCCCCCCGCCGAGACCCUGCCGGCCUAUUCCCAUGCGGCGCCGGCCGCGCGCGCCGACUCGUCCACGCCCACCCCGGGCCCUUCCUCCAUGCUGCCGCCGGCCACCAGCAACACGCGCCGCGGCCCGGGCCUGCCGCCGGUGCCGGACACGCCCCUGCGCACGCAGAUGCCGCAGAUCAGCGAGUUCCGCAUCGCGAGCUGGUCGUCCCUGAACUCGAACCCCACGGCCCGCCACUACCAGGCCGUGGCGAACCGGCGGGUCACGGCGUCCCGAGGCGGCAGCAGCAGCAGCAGCAACAGCAGCAACAACCCGCACGUACAGGGACAGCUGCGUGCCGUGCUCGGCAGGCUCACGGAGGAGGAGGAGCGCGAGCGCACCAGGGUCCGUCCCCUGGAGGACCCUUAUCUGGUGGGCGAGGAGGCCGCCGCGAAUGCUCGACGGGAGAGGUUGGCUCGGGAGAGCGGCGACGACAUCCUGAUUCGGGAGGACCGCCGAUGGGAUUUAUUUCUAGAUGAACGACUGGGACCAGCGUCAGGAAAGCUGGAAGACGUUCACGAGCCGGCGUCGUCACAGACGCUGGUGGUGAACCUGAGCACGACGAACAGGGCGUACAGGACCACGCCAAGGUACUAA